AUGUUGUCGACCCCCCCCCCCCCCCCCCGGCUUCCCCCCCCCCCCCCAACCUUGCUACCCUAACCCCAAAUAUUAUUUCACCCUUUCUGGAAGAAUGAAAGCCUACCGGGCCGAUAGGAAAGCAACCCGUAAUGCCACCACCGUUCGUUCACAUCGCACA